AUGCUGCUGGAUGGUUCCUCACCCCUCUCAGGAUAUAUUAAACUCUUGUUCCUGGCCUUAGCUGUCCUUGUGGUCCUGACUCAGGCUUCCCCAGAUGGAUGGGCCAGGAAGUGUGGUUAUGGAACUGGAAGAUGCAGGAAACAUUGCAAAGAAAAUGAGAAGAAGAAAGAAAAAUGUGGGUUAAGAAAGCUUUGCUGCAUCCCUGCAAAGCAAGACAAGGUUAUUGGUUUUUAUCUCGACAAUUGA